AUGCGCCUUAAGAAGGUGCAGCGUCGGAAUGAGAAACGCCGCCGUUUUGCCGGACCCCGUACGGGCCAUGGCGACCACAUCGUUGCCCUGAAUCAUUGGCGGGAUUGCCUUGCGCUGGAUGGGCGUCGGCACGUUGUAGCCGAGCCGCAGCACACCGUCGAGGAGCGGCUUGUCGAGCCCAAAGCUUUGAAACCCCCCACCCCGCUUCUUCUUCUGCGCCUCGGCCGCCUCCACGGCAGACUCCCACGUGCCUAA